AUGUCCUCUCCUUCGAAGACUUCUCCUUCGCAAGCGGAACAAGCAGCUUUACAAGCGGCUGAAGCCGUGGCCGAAGAGGUCGCUUUGACCCAAGAACACGUGGACAAGGUUAAGACGCAGCCAAUGAAGAGGCCUGCGAGCAAGACGACACAACCGAAGGCCAAGUCGAAACCGCAGGCGAAGAGGUUGAAGAGACCAGCAUGUCAGGUGGACCUUGCAAAUCAGUCCGAGGAUGGCAAUGCCGAAGACAAAACGGAGCCUGAGGAUGCAGCUAAGAAGGUUAAAAAUACGGCUAAAGCCAAAGACGAACUGAAAGCCAAGAAGUUGAAGCUCGAUGAGCCGAAGGUUGCGGACGAAAGUGCGCAGAAGCCUGCGGAGGUUGAGACAAGCGACAAGCUCACGAGAGACAAGGGUAAGGCUUACUACUUCCACCGCAACUUCCAGCAGCUGCCAGAAGAGGUCCAAAAAGCGUUUCAAGGCAAGGACUUGAAUCGAGAACAGAAAACUGAACUCGUCAACGCUGCCGUGCAGAGAAGCCAGGCUGGUUCGUACCAGUUCGACAUGACUUCCCAGGUGUUGCGUUCCUUGUGUACAUUCACAGAAAAAACCACUGGGGAACAGACAGCCAAAGGUUUGCCGCGGUCUUUGAUGGUCAGCAAAUUGGGGUCAGAGGCCAACUUGGAAAAAGCUAUGCAAGCAGGAGAGGUGACUGAGUGCACGCAAGGCGGACGUGUUUACUACGUCUGGAACACGGUGAAAAUCACACGAGCCAGAGAAGCGGCCAGCCAAGUCAAGGCUGAAUCCACGGUGGAAGCAAGCGAUGCUGCCGUGCAGUCCAUGGCCUUGUUCGUGGAUAACUACAAGCCGACUUUGGGUGAAGACACAUAUGCCAAUGCGCCGGCUCCGACUUUGCAAAUCUUGGGUAACGCUACCACGCCUGCCUUAUCCAUGUCCUUGCCCAGUGCUUCGAACGGUGCCGGAGCUCUGAACUUGCAAAUUAGCGGACCCACGCAGAUUUCGCCACAGGUCUUGGGCAAGUUGGAUGAAGCGUUGGCCUGGUGGGCAAAGGCGCGUAAGCAGCUCGCAAACAGUUUACCACAUCAGCGAGCAGCAGUGCGGCCAUGCAGCUACGCCAAAACUUAG